AUGGCCCCAACACCAACUACACCAAAGAACAACAAGAAAACGAAAGACCUUAGCUCACCUUCUGCAGGUAGCGAGCAACGAGUCAUUGUUCUAACUCCUUCCACCUCAAAUUCUUCUGAUAGUUCUGCUAUGCCUUCACCUCCUCCUGUUCAAGACACAAAGAAGAACAAGAAGAACAAUCAACAAAAGAUAUCACCUGGCAAAGACUCAAACAACGCCAAGGUUGGUUCACAAGGUGCUUCUGCUCUCGCUUCUUCGAUGGAAUUGUUUGAGUCCAACCCAUCUGAAGAGGUUUCUGGUAAAAGAGCAAGAGUUGCUGAUGAACCAGAUGAUUGGUUUAAAAACCACGUCAUCGACUCUUACCAAAGAAUGUUUGGUGAGUCAUUGAAAGAAGAUUUGCCGUUGGAAGAAGCUGUUUCUCUUCUAUUCGAAACAGCCAAUGCUCCAUACGCUGACAACUUGGAAUUCAAGAAUAGAAUGGCUGCUCUUGAAUUGUUGUUCAGAAAAGAAGUAGACACUCCCAUUCCAGAUUCAUCUGGUAUAAAAGAUAUUAAAAGUAAAGGUUAUUCUUUACUUUUAACAAACUCUUUUAUCAUCUCUCAAAUCUGCAAGCGUUUGAGAGAGAGUGAUACCCUUGAUUUACCGCUUAUUCUUCAAGGAUUUGAAUUUAUUCAGAAUAUUUCUGAGUUAAAUCUAGUCUGUAUUCGAAUGGGCAUUAAAAAUGGCUUUGAAGCAGCUGAAAACUUCUCUAACAGCUACAAAUCAGGAGGUUCACUUGACCAAAUCACCUCCAAACAACAAGAGAAGGCCAUUAAAUCUGCUGAAAAAGUAAAAGCAGUAGAAACCAUUGAAAAAGUCAGCAAAUGGGCCAGCAGAACCCCUAAUUUUCAUAAGUUCCCCACUAGAUACGAUAAUCUUAGUAGUACCGUUUCAGUUUUACCUAGUUGUAAUAAACACCGGAAAUUUAUUUAUGUUUUUAACAAUAAAAGCUGA